UGUUGGUGAGGGAGUUGAAGACUGGCAGGUUGAUAGCAGCAACGGCAAGCACUAGAGUAUACUAGUGAAGCAACACAACUGUAGUGAUUGCACGUAACAGCUGCUGCAGCCAUCGGGAGGAGUGAACCUGCAAGCCGAGCUGCACCUCUCCUGGAGAUCAAGAAGAACAAGAAAGGAGAAGCAAUAGAGGAGGAGUUGUUAGUGUUGACGGUGGGUGUUGGUGGUGGCGCUGCUGGCGGUGUUUGUUUACUACAGAUGUGUGGUGUCUGGAGCCUGUGCUGUCUCCACUCCUACCUAGCCUGCCACUCCACACCUGCCUAGGCCUCUACCCUGCCUACACCAUCAACACUAGCACACUCACCAUGCACUAGCAAUGGAUGCCACAGGGAAAUCUUCAUGCGAGGUGGGUGAGAGAGAAGUGAAAGGGUUUGAAGAUAGGCCUGUUAUGGCAGAGACAGCAACAUUGGUAGCCAAAGAAAGGAAUGUGCAGCAGGGGCCACAGAAUGAUGUACACAAAUCUGCUGGUACUCAGGACCCAGUGAGUGUGUGUCCCAAAGUGCCUUCACAAACAUCAUAUUCCUCCAUGGCUCCAUCACAAAUGGAACAGGAGGAGAGAAACUUAGAAAAUUUAACCAUAGUGCCAUCUGUAGAGGACAAUCCUGAAAAGCAGGGUGCUGUAGGUCUGCCAGAUCUUCUUGUUGAGAGUUUCAAUAGUGAACGACAAAUUGAGUUGUGUGCCCCAGGUGAGGAUCAUGAAAGAAAAAGCUCGGAAAUAAAGCAGCUAAGUGUGAAUCUUGUUAAAGAUGAUGCAAAAGAGAAGGACUGCAGUGGCGUUUGUGGCUGGAUAUCACAGGGAGAAUCGGUGCUGCCUUCAAUGGGUAUCUUGCCUGAAGCUGAGGAAAUCCCUACUCAGGCUUCCCAGCCUCAAAGAUCACAACCAAUAGUUUCAUCAGCACCUACGACUGUUCCAAGUUCAGAAAAACGCAGUCCUGAGUCUCACACUGUUGACCCCUCUGAUGUUGUUCACAAGAUCAAGAAAAUCAAGUGGCAAGACAUUGAGGUGCCCAUCAUUACACAAAACAACAAUGGUCCAUGUCCCCUUCUUGCAAUUGUUAAUGUCAUGAUUCUAAAGGGUCAAAUUACACUACCAGCAGAUCGAACAGAAAUUACUGGGGGAGAGUUGGUCCUGGUGGUUGGAAAUGCAUUAUUUGAUCAGCCAAGAAAUUCUCUUCCCUCUGAGAUGAGGCGUCAUGUUGAACAAAACACUGAAGAUGCCAUCAGUAUUCUCCACAAGCUUCUUACUGGCCUUGAUGUUAAUGUUAAGUUUUCUGGAGUUCGGGACUUUGAAUUUACUGGUGAGCUGUGUGUGUUUGACUUGCUGGGCAUCAUGCUGUACCAUGGAUGGGUGAUAGAUCCAUCUAGUGAAGCUGCUGCUAUCAUUAAUGAUCUCUCCUACAACCAGCUCACCAACAAUAUCUUUGCAUGGAGAGAAGAAGCUAUCAGAACCAACAACAAUGAUUUACUUGUAAAAGCCAUGUUAUGUGAGGAAUUUAUGACUAACAGUGGGUCCCAACUGACAAUCCACGGGCUGUUUGAGCUAGGGUCUGCUCUAGAACGUGAAGAAAUAGCUGUUCUUUUUCGUAACAAUCACUUUUCCACCAUAUAUAAGAGAGGGGACCAGCUAUACCAACUUCUAACUGAUCAAGGUUUCCUGCAUGAGAAUAUGGUUUGGGAAACACUUAAUGAUGUGGAUGCCACCUUCUCAGAGUUUGUAAAUGGAAUCUUUGAGCCUAUCCCUCCAACUCCAGAACCAACUUCAUCAACAAAUGGUGCUCAGAAUAUGACCAUGCAACAGCAGAUUAGUUCAGAUCAACAGUUGGCAGCAAUGCUUCAACAUGAAGUGGAUUUACAGCAGCGUCAGCAACAAUCCUUUGAGCGUUUGAAGGAUUCACUUGGCCUACACAAUAUGUCAGAUGAGGAAAUAGCCAAGAAGUUGCAGGAGGAAGAGAAUCGGUUAGCGGCCGAGGCUGAGGCUGAAGCUAAUGCCCCACAACAGACUACCACAGUUCCACCACCACAGACGCACCAUCCACCCCAGCACCCUUCACAUACACAUGAGGAGAAAAAGAAAAAGGAGUGUGUGAUCCUCUAAGACUUCUGCAAGCUGUUGUGACCAAGCCGAACAUUUUGCAGUGAGUUGCAGACACAGCUUAAUCUAAUAUCACCACUGAGUCAAACUAAGUUUUUUAGUGGAUGAUGGUUUCUGAAGAUCAGAGACUCGAGAAAAUAACUUUCUUAAUAAAAUUCCUGCUUGAAAGGGAUUUGGAUAAAAAUUUUCUCUUUCCUAGUCUAAUUACACACAUACAUAUAUAUAUAGAUAUAUAUUAUAUUUUUUUUUCUAAAUCAGGAAGCUUCAUUUUAUUUAAAUAUAUAAAAUUAAAAAUCAUAUCACUCACAUUCUUGUAUUCUGGGUAGCUCCUUGCUAGCGAAGAAAGAUUUCCUCAAUAUGUUUAGUGCUACAUUUUCACACUUCAGAAAUAUUCACUGAUAAGAUGAGUUUUUCAUUUUUAUUAUAUGGCUUAUUAGUGUUAUUCUUUUGCAGUACUAAUUGGUAUUUACCUAUUCUUCAUUUUACUCUUAUUCAACUUGCUAUGCAAUUUCUCCUUUAUGGUACUAAAUCAUUGUUUUUAAUUACACAAUUUGCAGUGUUAUCCUAUUUUUAUAUGUUCUCCACUUUUCAUAUUUUCUGUUUGUAAAUUAUUCUUUAAUGUUGCACACUAUACAGAACACAGGAGGACCACCCAGUAGAAAGAAAAAGAACAUAGAGUCCUGGGUGUAAUAAUGUCCAUUGAGUUAUCAUUUAGGGAACACAAAGCAAAUGUUGCAGAAGUCAGGAAAUGAUGGGGGUAAAUAAUCAAGACUUUCAAAAUGAGAAAUAAUGUCAAUGGUGAUACUGUUCAAAUUACUUGUGCUCAUCCAGAGUACUUUUCAGUAGUGAUGAUUGCAUUCAAGGCAGGAGAAUUAUUGGAGCUUCAUUUGAACUGCAGGAAUGCCUGAAAGUACUGAAUAUAUCCUCUGGGGCAGAAGAGGGAGAGGUACAUGGUGCAGUAAUAUAUACAUGGAAGAUACUUGAACUGGGCCUAAACCCAAACCAACACACUUUGUUAACAGUGUAGUGGAGAGACAUGGGAGGAAAUGUAAAAUAAAUCUGUUGAAAAGCAGGGGUGUCAGCAUAUACAGUAGGGCCCCACUUAUACG